AUGGACGCAACUUCGAGGAUGGAGCAGCCUGAUGUCUUUGUAAGCAAACUCUUCCACCUACUGCAGGGGAACGCUUAUUCGAGCAUAAUACACUGGUCUCCCGAUGGCAGCAGAUUCGUCAUCUGGAAUCCAGACCAGUUCACCAAAGUCAUCCUAGAGCAACUUUUCGGUAUUUCCAGCUUUGCAGCGUUCGUUAAGCAGUUGAGCAAAUAUAAUUUCCAAAAAACGAAACGCCCGCACUGCGUGGAGUUUUUCAACGUUCAUUUUCAAAGAGAUAACACUAUCAGUCUGCCACUAGUUAAGGCUCAUCAGUCUGCCACCGCUCCCAACACCACCGCCAUCAAUAAUAUGAAUAAGCAGUGUACUUUCCACUGGGACCCUUUUAAAGUGAACACCAUUUUAAGCAAGGCUGUCGGCAAGCCUUCAUUCGAGAAGCUUGUAAAAAAAGUCGACAGGCUACAGGACAAUCUUGAUGAGCUUAAUUCCACAAACGCAGAGAGUUUGCGAAUCGUAAAGGAGAUUAACGCCAGCUUACAAACAAUCUCACACCACCAGUUUCAUGCCUACCAAACGGCUAAUUUUCUUCAGGCAAAUUUUGAAGCCAUUAAGAGAGUCUUAUGCCCCGACUCUUGCAUACAACACCAGCAGCGCCAACCAAAGUGCCCCAAACGCUACUCGUUGCUGUUGCUAAUAACAGACGCAUCCGAAUUGUCAGAAACACCCUUGAUGCGCUUCGCCAGCGUGUUCGAGUAUAUGAACUGUUCUGUGGACACGGCCACUCAGUGGAACCCACAGUUGCGUCUUGAGGCAUACGACCUGCUUUUCAUCACCGUCUCGCCGAACAUGCAACAAGAACAUCUCAUCUAUUUCAAGAGACUGAGAAACCUACUCCCAAGCUUCCCUGUUAUAGCCAUCAUCAACAGACCCGUCUCUCCUCAAGAUACUAACAUCGCUCCCUACAACUAUUCUCGCUAUUAUUUCCACCAUUUUUUGCAGUUGGGGUUCAGUGACAUCCUAGUGAGCCCCUUCACCCCAACGCAACUUAUAACGCUCCUUUCCAAACAUCUUCGAACGUGA